CUCUCCGCCGCCGGACCAACCUCCGCGCCGCCGCAAGCCGCCACGGGGACGAGCCCCGGCCCGGCGCCGCGCGCAGAGGCGGCGGAGGCGGAGGCGGCGGAGGCGGAGGCGCUCGAGCCGGAGCUGCUGGACGAGGGUGGGGCCGCCCCGCUGGCGCACCCGCUCUCGCUGCCGCCCGUCGUUCGUGACGAGUGCCACCGGGUGCGGCUGCUGCUGCGUGCCGUGCGGCCGGGCGCCGUGCGGCUGCAGGCGCUGCUCGAGUACGCGCCGGCCGGCGGAGGCGCGCGGGCGGAGACUGCCGUCUCGGCGAUGGUUGAGGCGGUGCCGGCGGUGGAGGUCCGGUGCGAGUACCUCUUCUCUCCGACCCGGACUGCGAGGGGCUCGCUCGCGCGCGACGAGCCGCUGCACCUGCUUGUCACCGCCUCGUGCCUCGCACCGCUCGCGGCCGGCCUCGUCCUGCACUCGCUCGAGGCGCGCCCCUCGCUCGUGCGCCCCUCCCUCGUGCGGGGGCAGCCCGCACUGGAGGCGGUGUCGGCGGGCGGCCUCGGGGCGCGCUGCGACGCGCUGCUGCGCGAGGGCAGCGAGCACACCGCCCUCUUCGCCCUCCGCCCGUGCGCCGACUUGCCCGCGCAGAGCCUCGGCACGGUGGUGGCGAGCUGGUCGCGCGCCCCGCUCGAACCCGGCGCCGAGCCGUCCACCGACGGAGGGGCGGAGGGGUCGGGGACGGAGCCGGCGGCCGCUCUGGCGCCGGAGCGUUCUGCGCGUCUCGCCUCGCCCGCCGCCGCCGCCUUGCCGCUGCCUCCGCGCGAGGCGCUGCCGUUUGCGCCGCCGGCGUCCAGCACCGAGGCGGCGCUUCCGGCGGUGGCGGUGGAGCCGGUCGAGUUUGAUCUGGCGCUGACGGUGCCGAGUGAGGGGCGGCUCGGCGCGCUCCUGCAGCUCCAGCUGUCGAUCACCAACCGCACGGACGCGCUGCACACGUUCCGCCUAUCCUUUUCGGAGAACGAGGCCUUCCUCUUUAGCGGCUUCAAGCUGCAGCAGUUCCAGCUGCCGCCCGGCUUUGGGCACACCGCAAAGUUCAACCUCGUCCCCAUCCUGUCUGGCCCGGCGCAGCUGCCGCCGCUCCGGCUCCUAUGCACCUCGACCAAUGCAGAGCUGCUCGACCCAAAGGCGCGCCGCCUUGUCUUUGUGGCCCCGGGUGGCGUCCAGCGCAACGCGUGAGCUCUACUUCCAUCAAUAUUCAGAUGUGAUGGAGCGAUGCGAUGCGUGUGUGAAGCACCUUAUUGGAUUUCAGAUUUAUCGUGCGCCAUUGGACUUGGAGACGGACGUGUAUCGUGUUCGUCUCCAAUACACGAUAUCCGGAUUGCAAAAAA